GCAUUCCUUGCCCCAUUAUCAUCGCCUGGGCCGUCUGCAAGCUUUAUUAUGAAAAUGAGCAAUGCUGGUUUGGAAAGGAACCGGGGAAAUAUAUAGAUUACAUCUAUCAAGGACCAGUGAUUCUUGUUCUGCUGAUAAAUUUUGUGUUCCUGUUUAACAUCGUUAGGAUUCUCAUGACGAAAUUGAGAGCUUCAACCACCUCAGAAACGAUACAAUACAGGAAGGCAGUCAAAGCAACGUUAGUUCUCCUGCCGCUUUUGGGAAUUACCUACAUGCUCUUUUUUGUCAACCCAGGAGACGAUGACAUUUCCCAGAUCUUUUUCAUCUACUUCAAUUCUUUCUUGCAGUCUUUUCAGGGUUUUUUUGUGUCUGUGUUUUACUGUUUCUUAAAUAGUGAGGUACGUUCGGCCGCUAGGAAAAGGUGGCACCGUUGGCAAGACCACCAUUCCCUCCGGAUCCGCGUGGCUCGGGCCAUGUCCAUCCCCACCUCUCCAACCAGGGUUAGCUUUCACAGUAUAAAGCAAACCGCGGCUGUGUGA